CACGCGCAGUCGGAGCGGUUUCCGUUGUUGUCAGUUUGACGCGCAGUGCUGUGCUGUGUGUGUCGAACCAGCGUGAGUGAUGUUUCGGAUCCCUGGAUUUGUGCAAGAACCGUUUUUCUCGUACACGACGAAUUCCAUGAAACACUACGUGUCAUUUCGCGCAUGACGGAAUUACCCAUACGUCACGUUUUAUCGAUGAUCGCCCGACGUUUCGGCUCGUGGAAAAACAAGUGAAACCGGUGGCAGAACAAAACAGGGGGUUUUGGGGGGGCAUCGUUGAAUCAUUUCUGAUCCGUCAACGGCUGCAUUGCUCCUGUCAAGUUUUCGCGGGAUGCACGGAAUCAUCGAGCUGUUUUACGUGGUCUAGCUUCCGGGUUUGCAACGCCUGGAAAGGUACUAACCUCGUUUCGCGCACUUUUUUUGUUGUUGUUGCAAACGAUCCACGGCUAGGAUUCUUUCAUCAUCAUGGUCGAUGCUCCGAAAGUGGAGUUCGCUCUUGGCAGCGAGGUGUCACUGGAACAUUUCUUCAAAAGCAGCUUCGCACGAUCAUUCGUCACAAAUUGCCGCGAUUCGAAGUCGUUGGACUACGAGCUACUCGACAACACGAUCGCCGAGGAGCCGGAAUCAUAUGGGAACGCCGGCAACAAUAAUUUCUUCUCACUCGUGAACUUCGGGAAUGUAACAACGGCACUGGACAACCGGGUUUCCGGCAAGGGCAACUCGAAUCCGUGGCAAAAGAUCGAGGCGGUCCAGUCCACCGCGGACGUCAAUGAAUUGGAGAAGUUGCGAAAGCAAUGCCAGUCAUUGAUUGAGGAGAACCGACGAUUGCAGGACGCGUUAACGCUGAAUCGGACGCCCCACACGCGGAUGAUCGACAACGUAGUGAUGCAGACACAGAUCGAAACUCUGCAAUGGCAGCUGAAACAGACAGAGGCGAACAGCCAGAUGUACCGCUGCCUGAUGGAGCAGGUGGUGCGUUUCUUGGAUCGAGCCCGUAAAAGCUUGGAUAUUCUUCACGAGAAGAGUACUCUUAAGGACAAGGGUUCGAGCGCAAGGGUGCCCCGUAGUCGAAGCGUUCACACGGUCCACGGUGACUCUUCACCGCACCGUGGAGUCUCGAUGUCCACUUCGUCGUCCUCCUCGGACUCGUCUCGAUUCACCAGAGCGAAGUCCGUCACCCAGAUCUCACCGUGUACCACCGGUUACCGCGAGUUCACCUGGUCCGUGUUACGCAGGAACGACCCGGUACAUUGUACCCCACCGCGCAACAAGUCGCAGGAUCUCAACAAAACCCACGAAGGUGUCGUGUACAAAAGGCCAAAACAGCUGGAGUUAGAUCCGAACGAGAUACCACCGGAGAAACUGUCCCAGGAAGCAUUCAGGUUAAUGAGAACCGUUCAGUCGUUGUUAGCCAUGAGAGAACCUGACUUGGCGAGGAUAGCGUCGGUGGACAACAGUGAAUCCUCUCCUUCGCCGGUAGAUCACCUGCGGCAUAAUAAUAAUCAUCACAAUGAGGUAUCAUUGCCCCUACAGAAUAGUAGUUUCGUGAAUUCUACGACAUUACAGGAGGCUGUCAGUUACACACGGCGUCGCAGUUGCGACCGUGGGAAUGAGACAAGAGUUACAGACAGCGACAGCAGAAUGUGCUUCAUCAAAUCGUCGUCGCACGUUGUCGAGGCUGACAGGAGCCUGCAGAAUCUUCUUCCGGGUGUCCGGAGAUCCAUAGACGCCACCUCGCUCAAUUCCGGAAGCAGCAAAACUACCGAAGAAGAGGAUUGCCUUCAAAUUAUUAACCCUCUUAACGGGUCACUGCCAGAGCAUGAUGGUACGUUCAUGUUCACGCCGACUUCGACGCCAAACAAAUGCACCAGGAAAGUCGAGAAGAGGAAGGAGAGAUAUUCCAAAUCGAAGCCAGCUGCUAGUGUAAGCAGCGUGGAGGACGAGAGUGGUUUUUCUUCUAUGAGCUCCUUUCAAGAGAUUGGUUUACCCAGUGCCCUGCCGAUCUCUCCCAUCAGAGGUUGUCAUACAGAGAUCGGUCUACCUGAAGUACCAUUGGAAAAAGCAAGACAUCGCAGAUGGUCCUCCACUCCAAUUGAAAUUAAAGCUCUCCUGAAACAGCAUCGAAGUAGCUUUACAUCUUCACAGACAACAGCUGAAUCCCUGAGCGUUUGGGUUUGAGCGACUAACAUGUGAAUUAAUUUCUGAACAGAAAUAACCAGUGAAUGUAUUGGAUACAUUGAUAUUCAAAGAAUCAGUGAUUGAAUGUUGAAUGCGACCGAGUGUUGAUGCAAUGUAAGUUUUGUAAAUAUCUUCUUCAAGGUACUGCCUAUCCACUCUGCAUUUUGUUUGCUUUAUGUCAAGAGCAUUUAGAAAGAAAAGAUUAUGCGUCUAAACCAUGCUUUAAGUCAGAAUGUCUUUUGUUGUUCAUAUUUUGACAUGAACUUUGUAAACACGCUGACAAAAAUAAUGUAGGAAACGAAUUUGUUCAGAGCUUCGUUAGGAAAUCAAUGUGUAUGCGAGUGUAGUGAAUAUCUUCUAAAUAGAAUAGAAA